AAGCGCCGUUUCAUUUCGCGUGGGUAUUUUGAAAACAACAGAUAGAUCUAUGAGAAAAAAAUUAACAAUAUUAUUCAGCCGUGAUGCCGUUGCCACCCACACGUAAACGACCUCAUGGGCCUGAUGCUGAUUUAGUUGUUGAUGACUCGGGUCCUAGCAGCAAUGUCAAAGUUGUUGUUAGAAUUCGUCCACCUAAUGUUAAAGAGACUGAGGGAAACUUCAGAGAGGUUGUACAGGCAGUAGAUGAAAAUGUGCUAGUUUUUGACCCCAAGGAACCAUCUUCAUAUGAAUAUGGUGGAGGGAGGAGAAGACCUAGGGAUAUAAGACAAAGGAGAAAUAAAGACCUUAAGUUUGCAUUUGAUCAUGUAUUUGAUGCAAGUGCAACAAACAUUGAUGUGUAUAAUGAGACAACAAACACAGUGUUAACAGGUCUGCUGAAUGGAUAUAAUUGUUCAGUGUUUGCUUAUGGUGCUACGGGGGCUGGUAAAACACAUACAAUGUUGGGAAGUAAAGACCACCCGGGUGUUAUGUACCAUACAAUGAUGGAUCUUUACUCACGUAUUGAAAACAUGAGGGACAAUAAAACCUGUGAUGUGGCGGUCUCAUACCUAGAGAUUUAUAAUGAGACUAUCCGAGAUCUAAUGAUGAAAGGGUCAGUGUUACCUAUCAGAGAGGAUCCUGGGAAAGGUGUUGUUGUACCAGGUCUGUCCCUACACAAGCCAAAGACAGCAGAGGAGUUACUAUACAUGUUACAGUUUGGGAACCAGCACAGGACACAACACCCAACAGAUGCCAACGCUGAAUCUUCUAGGUCACAUGCUGUAUUACAGGUAUUUGUAAGACAGCAGGAUCGUACAGCCAAUAUCUCCACAGAGGUUCAUAUAGCAAAACUCUGUCUUGUAGAUCUGGCUGGGUCAGAGAGAGCUACUGUCACAAAGAACAGGGGUUCCCGGUUCAGAGAGGGUGCUAAUAUCAACAGAUCACUGCUCGCACUGGGAAAUGUCAUAAAUGCUUUGGCAGAAAAUAAGGCAAAAGGUUAUGUACCAUAUAGAGACAGCAAGCUGACGAGGUUACUGAAGGAUUCUCUGGGUGGUAACUGUCAGACUGUCAUGAUAGCUGCUGUCAGCCCAUCUGCCAUGUCCUAUGAGGAUACCUAUAACACAUUAAGAUAUGCUGACAGGGCCAAGCAUAUUAAAGCUACAUUGAAAAAGAAUGUAAUAAAUGUGGAUAUUCAUAUGGCCAAAUAUGGCAAGAUUGUUGAAGAGCUACGAAAAGAGAUUAAAGAGUUAAAGGGAAAGCUAAAAGGUUAUGAAGACAUCAGAAUGGUACCAGGAGAGGUGGUUGUACAGACAGACAUGUCUUCAUUCAUUGGUUACCAAAGCGAGAUAGAAAAGUUUUUUGUUGGUCAUCAAUCACUACAUGCUGAUCAGCUACAGCAAGAAAUAGCCUUGAGAAACCUACAGUGGAAGAUGUACAGGAAACAACGUUGUCUGUCACGUCUUAACACAGUAGAUGAGCCGUGUAACAUUGAGUCAUUGAGGAAAGUAGAAACAAUGCUAAAUGGUAUGAAGCAGAAGACAUCUUGCAUGAAAAUCUCAUCCGAGUCAUCCAGGAGCAAGUUACUGGAAGGUUACAAGCAGUUGGGUGAUCUGGAGCAGGAUAUCAAAGAUUCAUGUGGGUUACAAGAUAACCAGCUUCCUGAGGUAUUGUCAUUGAGUCUACAGUUACAUGGUGUAAAGUCUGAACUCCUUGAUACCAAACAGUAUCUUAGUUAUACUAAACAAGUUGUUAGAUGUCAGGAGAAAGAGUUACUACACAAUGAAAGGCUGGUUCACUUAAUGUUAAAACUGUUGAAGAAGCAACAUUACAUCAUGAAAGGACACAACAUUUUGACCUCUGACCUCUCGGAGGACUAUGCCAGUAUACAGAAGAGAGUUGCCGGUCAGGAGUUGUGCUGGGGGGACGAGGAAUGUGGUUCUAUAUACACCUGUGGCUACACACUGGCAGAUAUGCUGGACCUUCCAUCUUUGCGACUUAAACCUGAUCCUAAUCAGCAAGAAUGUAUCAAAGAAAGGAAGGAAAGAUGUUCUGAGCCGAAGAAAUUGGGAGCUGUAUUUGAAUUCACUGCAACCCAACAUGAAGCAAGGGACAACCAAAUUCCUGCUAAUUAUCCAUUUAAAGUGGUUGACGAGUGUUCACCACCUAAGGCAAAGCGUGUAAUGUUGCCAGCCUCACAACCCCCACAGUCUACAAGCAAAGUAUACAGACCUGGUGGUGGUCAGUCAGCUAGGGGCAGUUACAAGACUGGUUUAACACCAACUAAAUCAAGAUUUACUCCAUCAAAAUCUCGCUCAUUUACUGAAUCUUCAAGCUCAUAUAAUAGUGUGAAAAACUUAACCAAAAAUACUGGUCAGAAUAAUUCAAAAGUGUCGAGAAAUCUGCUUGGAGAAAAUAAAACUAAUACAUCAGUGUCGAAAAAACCAAAUGAUAGAAAAAGAAACUUGCAUAGAAGAUCCGCCAGUGUUGGUUCUAGUGUGGACUUUGAUACGGAUGAGAGUUUAGAACUAGAGGCUAUGCCUAAAUCUAGGUUUAACAAAAUUAACGACACAAUGACAAAGUGUAAGAAGUUUUCCUCUUCUCAUUCAAAGUCAAGUAUGUCUCUGGUGAAGUCACAUACACGCAGAAUUUUGAUAGUGGAGGAGGAGUCUAAUCAUGAUGGAACUUUCACGAUCGAUCCUGAUUGUCUUGACAUUCCUGCGUCAGUUAUACCUUGUGUUGACUGUGACAGUGAAAACAAUAAAAGUGUGAAAAUCAGUGUUGUCUCUGACAGCUAUAAAACAUGUCAUAAGUGUGCUAAAGAAAUGAAUGUAAAUUCAUACAAUAAUAUAAAGUUAGAUAAUGGAAUUUGUGAUACUCGGAGUACGUCGCUAAAGACUAGUCAUUGUGGCGAGUUGAACGUAGAACCUGCCCAGAGAUAUACAACAUGUGUAGAACAAUUACCGGUAGAUUACGGACCCGAGAAUGAUUCCGGGACUAGUACGAUAGUGGACCAGUCUGCUAACAGUGUAACUAGUCUAGCUUCUCUGUCAACUCUAGUCGACGGCCAAAAUCUCUCCCAGAAUCUCUCUUCUUCUGAAGACAGUAAUUUACAUGAACAAACUAUUUGUACUAAGCAUAAAAGAGACUCUUUAGAAAUGAAACAUAUGGAAUCUGUGGACAACAAAUUAGUGAAAGUAAAUUCUGGUACAGUGACAAAAACAGUUACAAAUACUGUACAACAAGAAACUGUGACAAAGUCAGUGAAUGUUGGGGUUUCUGAGGGUGACAGGGAGGCCAAGGCUGUACGGUGCAUAAAAUUUGACAACAUAGAAAAUAACCAUACUCCUACUAAAGGUAAGAGUUAUGCUGACAUUGUACGGACACCAACACCAGAGAGGAAGCCAUUACGACAAGUUGGGGGCUGUAACACUAUACUCUCAUCACCUCGAUGUGAUAGUAGAAGUAGUUUUACAUCGUCAGACAGUGAUACGUCAUUUGAUAAACGUCUGUCACGUGAAAGUAGUUCUCAGUUGCCUGGUAACAGUGAGGAACAGAAGGAAAAUUUCCGUAUAUUAAAUCAUUAUGGACUACCGUCACUAGUCAGUGAUAGCCUCCUAGCGAACAACAAUAAACCAAGUAUGAAAAAGAACCAAUCAUUUACCCCAGGAUAUAUGCAGUCAACAAAAUCUCAUCUGAUUAGGAAAAAACACAACACUUCCAGGAAUUCCAGCGACGGGGAUGGUCUGAAAGUGGAAUCCUCCAGUAGCAGAGUAAAAACAUCUUUUAUAGCCAAACAUGCUCGACCACUUUCGUCACACAUGAGGAGUAAAUCUACUUCGAAUCUUUCGUCUCGAGCUAGCUGGCAAAUCUGACGGUACCGAGGCAGCUCUUCAAAACCGAAGAACACGUGCCCACAGUAUUACCUUCGCCAAAUUUUAUUUAUGGUGUAUGUGCAAUAUAUGGAUUGGUUAUUUUUAUGACGCCAAUUGUGUUAGCCACUUUUACAUGUAACCAAUUGCUUUUUCUCAUACUGCAAGUGCAUACUCUGAUACUUGCAGCUUAUUAAUGAAUUUAGAUUUGUAAACAUUUUAAAAGUUUAUUAGUGGUAAGAUAUCUUUACAUGUCAUACAAAUAUGAACACAAUAGACUAUAUAUCUUUAUCACAGUAUAAUUUUCCAUGUCAAAUAACCAUCAUGUAUAUAAAGGUUAAUGCACCUUUUUUCGUGCAUUUAUCAACAGAAGCACACAGACACAUUAAAAGCCUGAGCCUGCAGGGGCAAGGAAUUAAUAAGUUUGAAGGCUUAUGCAGAUAUUAAUGCAUGGAAAAAGGUACAUUAAGGCUAUUUUUGCAUAAUACAUGUAGUGUACAUCUAAAUGGAUAAUUUCACAUUUCAUUUUGUAUACAGAAACCAUUGCUGGUGCACCGAGCUUUCCAUGUGCAAGUGGGAUUUCAUUUGACAGUUAUGUUUUUGUUAUAAAACUACAUGAGCUGUCGUUGCAUUAAGUUGUUCUUUCAUUGUGCCCUUAGUCUCAUAUAUUAAAUACAUGCAACUAUGGCAUCUGGGCACGAGAUUUUAUCUGUUAAUGCUUGUUGUGUCCUCCUUUAAUGUAUACCCGCAGUUUUUAUGCAAGGACUGUUUAUAUUACAUGUAUUAUAACAUCAGCAUACCAAAGCACACAUAAGACCUCAAAACAAGUUUAUUUUCAUUAAUUUCUAUGCAUUUUGUCCUGUCAUAAAUAGAAUCUCUCAUUCCUUGUCAUAUAUAUAAUUUAACAUCAAAGAAAAUGUUUUAAACCUCUUUUAAUAACAAUUUAUUGAACUUGUUCAAAUUUUAUAUGUCAAUUCAUGUGAGAUCCUAUAUGUAUACACAGAGAAAGAGAGGAAUGUUUAAUCUGUUGCAUUGGUUUUAAGAUGAAUUAGAAUUACUGAAGAUGUACAUUUUAUUUCAUAGAUGCUUUUGUAAGCUUUCAAACUGUAGCUUCAAUAUUAGCUAGUAUAUUUAUUUUAUAUGAAGAGUCAUAUAUGACACAAUGAUAUAGUGAUAUAAUAAGUUAAAAUCUUGAAAUGUUCUCUAUAUUUACUGUAAACUCUUUGGAUAAAGGUCAUCCCGAUUAAAAAUACUGAAAUGCUGGGCCUAUUCAACAAGUUUUCUAUACUGAACGUUAGGUCAUAAAUAAUAUUUUGCUAUUACCAAUUUGUUUUGUUUUUAACCCUGACUUCUUACAACAAUAUUUAGCUUAUUUCUAAAUUUCAUAGAAUCAUUGUUUUUGUUCCAUUUUAUUGACGAUAGUGUAAAAAAUUUCCAUUUUCUUAGAGAAUGUAAAGAAUGUAAUAUACUUAAAGAGUGCAUCCACGAAGCAAGUAAAAUUUCAUCUCAUUUAAUGAAAGAUAAUUUCUAGGUUAAUGAUAUUCAAAAAUCAAUUUUAUCUUAGAAAAUUGUUCCAAAUGGUCAUUUAGAUUUAAUUGCAUGAAGAAAACAAACUGCCUUUGCAUGUUUAUAGAUAGCAAUUUAGUACAUUUCUGACUGGUAAAUAGAAUAAAAUAU